AUGUCCCUAUUGCAUCAUCCACAGCCAGCAGCCUCCCGUAAUAACGGGUCGUCCUUACAGGAACAGAAUGGUACCAUCAAGACCCACAAACAUUUUGUUCCCGAUGUGACCAAAAUUCCCAUAGUGACACCGCGUCCAUCGAGCACUAGUCUUCCAUUGUCUUCUAGACCUGUUGGUACUCCACAGCCCCCACCAGUUAUAACUCAGGACAUGCGUGAUCAAACGAAUCUACCCGAUGAAUUACCAGUGGUUGAAUGUGUAGCCAGGGCACGUAUCCCCACCACGCACGGCCCUGACAUCUUUUUGCAUUUGUACGAAAAUAACAUCGACAAUAAAGAGCAUCUAGCUAUAGUGUUUGGUGAAGAUAUUCGGUCUAGGUCCUUAUUCAAACAACGACCUGGUGAAACACAACAGGACCGUAUGACUAGAGGGGCAUUUAUUGGCAAGUUGACUCCAGGGAGAACAAUCGCUGAUAUUGAUAUUGAUGAAUCAGACCACCAACGUCAAUUGAAAUUUGACGAACAAGGCAAUUUGAUCAUUGAUAAACUUACCUAUUCAGAUCCGACUUUGGUUCGUAUUCAUUCCGAAUGUUACACUGGUGAAACUGCAUGGAGUGCUAGGUGCGAUUGUGGAGAACAAUUUGAUCAAGCAGGGAAAAUCAUGGGAGAAAACGGACACGGGUGUAUGGUCUACUUGAGACAAGAAGGCAGAGGUAUUGGUCUUGGUGAAAAAUUAAAAGCUUACAACUUACAGGAUCUUGGCGCAGACACAGUUGAAGCUAAUUUAAUCUUGAGACAUCCAGCAGAUGCUCGUAAUUUCUCCUUGGCAACGGCAAUUUUGCUUGAUUUGGGUCUUGUUGAAAUAAAGUUGUUGACAAACAACCCGGAUAAAAUUAUAGCUGUUGAAGGAAAGCACCAGGAAGUUAAAGUUAUGGAAAGACUUCCCAUGAUCCCAUUGAGUUGGAGAGGCGAAGGUAAGGAUGGUUCCAAUGGUAUCAAUAGUAAAGAAAUCGAUGGGUAUUUGAGUACAAAGAUUGAAAGAAUGGGACACCUUUUGGAAAAGCCAAUAAAAAUCAAUCAUGAAACGAUUUAG